AUGGCGAGCCUCAAGGCCCUCUACGCCUCUGAUGGCCUCGAUCGCCCAGAGUUCAAAACCAACAUGAACGUCGACUAUGUGAUACACUACAAGAUCGCCGCCGAUAAAGCUCAGACCGAGGCUGGCUUCACCCAGCUGAUUGAGGCUCUCACCAAAGUUGGUCUCGCAUCUGAGGUUCGAAAUGGUGACGAGUCUUCCGUGCUGGUUUUCGUCAAGGUCGCCUCCGACAAGUACCUAAAUACUCAUAUCUACCGCGAGCGUGUCCAGGAUUGGCUGUACGGCGUGCGGGCCACAUCUCUGGAGAAGGACUUGGACAAGGCGUUCGAAAGCGAGCCGGUUAGCGAGGCGGAACGCUUGCGCACUGUCUACCUGCUGAUGACGAAGCCCAAGAACGAGGGCGGCGCCGGCAUCACACCAAAGACCGGUCAGUGGGAGCAGGUUGUCUCCAUCUUCCCUCUCCAUGACCACAAAUUCAACUCGUCCUGGAUCAAGGAGUGGAGUACCAAAUACUAUCUAAACGACCAGGACCUGAACCGCAUUCGCAACAGGUUUGGCGAGAGGGUGGCUUUCUACUUCGCCUUCCUACAGUCUUACUUCGCCUUCCUCUUGUUUCCGGCCUCCUUUGGGUUUGCUGCUUGGCUCAUUCUGGGACGAUACUCGUGGACAUACGCCAUUGUGAACUCGUUAUGGUCGGUUAUCUUCUUCGAGUGGUGGAAGAAGAAGGAGGUCGAUCUGGCUGUUCAAUGGGGUGUUCGUGGAGUAUCGCGCAUUCAACAUCCUCGUACCCAGUUCCAGUGGGACCACGAAGCCGCCGAUCCUGUCACCGGUGAGCCCACCAAGGUUUACUCGCCCAUCAAGAGACUGCAAACCCAGCUACUGCAGGUUCCAUUCGCACUGGCCUGCGUGUCGAUUCUCGGCGCACUCUAUGUGUUCUGCUUCGGUAUCGAGAUAUUCAUCUCAGAGGUCUACAAUGGACCUUUCAAGUCCUACCUGACCUUCACACCAACCGUCAUUCUCACGGCAUUCACACCGAUGCUGUCAACUGUCCUUGGCAACUUUGCCGAGAAGCUCACCGAGGCGGAGAAUUACGAGACUAACGAUGCCCACCAAGCAGCUCUCAUCCGCAAGAUCUUCAUCAUCAAUUUCAUCACCUCAUAUACUCCACUGCUGCUCUCGGCUUUCGUGUAUAUGCCGUUUGGAAACCUCAUGGUGCCAUAUCUCGAUAUUUUCAAGAUCACGGCCGAGAAACUGUCCAGCGAGAAGGUAAUCAUCACCCAAGGCUUCGAAAUCAACCCCGACCGCUUGAAAAAGCAGAUCAUCUAUUUCACUGUAACCGCUCAGAUCGUCAACCUCGCCCUUGAAGUCGUCGUGCCUUACGUGAAGCGCAAGGCUUUCAAGGAGGUUGAGAAGGUAGAGUCAAAGAUGACCAAGAAGGACAAUCAGGCGGCGGCAUCUCAAGAUGCCCCCGAAGAGCGUGCAUUCCUCAAAAGAGUUCGGAACGAAGCAGAGCUCGAUGUGUACGAUGUCGCUGGAGAUUACCGCGAGAUGGUUGUCCAGUUCGGUUACCUAGCUCUCUUUUCAGCCAUCUGGCCGCUGACGCCACUGUCAUUCUUGAUCAACAACUGGGUUGAGCUACGAUCAGAUGCGUUGAAGAUUGCGGUCAGCAGUCAACGUCCCAUCCCUUGGCGAGCUGACUCCAUUGGCCCUUGGCUGGAGGCUCUUGGGUUCUUGUCAUGGUUCGGAACUAUGGUGAGCUCGGCUAUAGUAUUCCUCUUCAGCGGCGACGCUGAGGGGCCCGGUGGUGACCCAUCAAAUGUCAAUGUUUGGGGUCUUCUUCUAUGCAUCCUGCUGGCAGAACACUUCUACCUUGGCGCACAGGCCCUUGUUCGACACGCUUUGAGCCAAAUCGACAGCCCGGGUCUCCAGAAGGAGAGAGCUGAACGGUUUACCAUGCGAAAGCGUCUCCUGGAGGACAGUCUCGGCCCUGAGGCUACGGAUAGACCAGUCCCACCCACGGCUCAGAAGGGGGAGAAAAUCACCCGUGAGGCUCUGGAGGCAGAGGCCCGCAAGGAAUCUACGGGUGGUGGCAGAACUCCCGAACAAUCGUUCUGGCUACGCCAACAGGGAAUGGACGAGACGAUUCAGAUUGGUCGCAAGCUCAUCUCGCAGGCCAAGACAGAGAAGAACUAG